CCUCCUUCCCUUCCUUCCUUCCCUUUGCUCCCCCCGCUGCACUGCACCACGGUGAGCCGGCCGACCCGUGUGGCUGUUCUGCGGACGUUUGUUUCUGUCACCAUCGAUCUGACCGGAUAGUGCACGACCUACUGUACCUACCUACCUUACCUUACUCACCUCUCUCCCUCCCUGUUCCCUUCCUCCCUCCGUCUCUCACCAUCUGCUGCGAUCGGUGCUUCAUUUUCCCUUUGCUCCUCCCGUGGCUCGGCAUUCGCUCCUUACUACUACUACCUACUACCACUACCACCACCACUACCACUACCACUUACCAUUGCCACUACUACUGCCACUACCACCACCACCACCAGUACCCACUAUUACCUAUUACCUACCACUACGACCUGCGACCUGCGAUCUUGCUGUGCUACCAUUACCGUUACCAUUCCCAUUCCCGUUGCCGUUUCUACUUUCCCUUUGUCGACGGCCGCUCCGUCCACGUCGUACCUCGCCUCCCUCCCGCUCUCUUUGCACGCCCGCUGCUUUGAGAAGACAAGGAACCAUACCUCACUCCUCUCCAACCACUCCCGUCUCCCCACGUCCGGCACGACACGCAACCAACCAAAAGACACCUCUACCGUGUCCUGCUCGAUACCACAGCCUUCCUACCAUCGAGUGGAGCGUGGAGCCUCCUCGUCCGUGGCGGAACCAGUGACUUCUUCACUGUCUCAGUCACCAACUUGAAGCAUACUUACCCUGAUGCUGCACUCACUUGUACGACAAGUCUAAUCGAGUGCCGGAAUCGAGAGGAGGGCGAAGACUAGGGCAGCUAGUUGGACCAAAGCCUCGCAACCAGCAGCAUGAAGGAGACUCAGAACCACGAGUACAGAGAGCCUGAGGGUGUCUCGUUCUCCAGUCCUGCACAUGCUCGAAGACAAUCGACAUACGCCGGGGAGAAGAGUGUGGCAUCGGCACAGAACAAGUCGCAGAAACAGCAGGUGACAGAGGCGCAAGACGGGUUGCAGGCGCCUGAGACAAAUGGCAAUGGUAUGGCAUACUCGCCCGCCCAAGCUCCAACUCCCCUUCCCGCCGAUAUCGAAGCGAUUACGCCCUCUCCCAUGACGCUCUCCACCACCGAUCAAAGUGAAGAGGAUAUUGCCUCGGACAUUCGUGCCUUCCUUAACGAGGAGAUGGAUGAUGGUCUCCAGCAUGCAUCAUGGUGCUGGGAGCACGCCGAUGUCCGACCUCCCAUCACGCCUGAAAGUCUUGCAGAGCUCGAUAUGCCCCGGAUCAUCAACAACCCCAAACUCCGUCACGACGUCAACUUCGACCGCGAGCUUCACUUCAGACCCAAUCUCGAUGGCUCCAAGGGCCGGCAGAAGCUGCUGCAAGCAGACCAAUACUGGAGAGCAUUGGAGGCGGAGCUCGUGAUGUGCAGGAUGGUGCACAUUAGGAAGGCACAAUCACCAGACAACGAGGUCUACUGGCGACGCAUAAUGAAAGGCUCCCUUCAGCGGCUGCCCAACAUAUUCACUGCAGUCCGCGAUAUACUCAAAACACUCGUGCCGGACUAUGAUCAAAAGGCCGUCUCGGAACGACUGGAUGUCGACCACAUCAUGCAGCAAAUCGAAAAUGGGGUGUGUGAUCUGAUUGACCUAGGCAACUGGCUGGCCAAAGUCCUGAAGAACCAUUGCGCUCCCAUGCGUGAUGCGCUUGUGGACAUGAUGCAGAAGGAUAUCAAACAAGGGGCAAUGGAGGGCAAGCACGAGAAACUCGUGAGUGGUCUGCGGCAGCUGAUGAAUAUCCUCGAGGCCAUGAAACUGGACGUCGCAAACCAUCAGAUUCGACACAUGCGGCCGUUGCUCAUCGACGACACCAUCAACUUUCAGAGGAGAUACAAUGCUCACCGAAUCUCGAUUGGCAAGAUCAGUGCAUCCGACGCCAGACUGUGGUUGCGAUCCAGCCUGCACCAGCAAAGUUCUCACCUUGAUGCCCUGGUGGCAGGAUUGAUCCGCGACAUGCUCCACAAUGACACAGCGAACAUGUGUCCGCAGACAUUCUAUCUGGACGGCGACCGCAUACGGGCUCUGCGUGUUGAGCUGCACAGCCGCGUCUACCACGCCAUCUGUGAUGAUGUAUUGCGCGAGCUCGCGUGCCCUCGUGGAACGUCCGAAGCUGACCUGGCACGAGCGAGGGAGAUGCUGCACGUUUCAGUCUCUGCCAUUGUGGGCGUACAGGGCCGGUUCACUGACCGUCUGGACAACAUCGCCGUCGAGAUCGUUCGUGUGCUAUUGGUGAAUGAAGGACAAUACCCGCCUUAUGAUAUCGACCUCCUCAAUUAUGCCGAGGCACGGCUUUCCGACUGCCUCCGAUCGGGCUCCGAGUCCUUUUCACGUCAUUCGCACGAGCUGAUCCGUAACCUGGUGCCGAAGGUGCAGUCUCGAGUGCGCGGCCAUUCCUCCAUGACUGCAUUAGACCUCCAAGACGUCCUGGUACCAGCUCCCAUCACCCCGAACCGGAAUUCAAUGGGAUUCGGCGCCAUGUGCGAGCCGGUGCCGCUUGCGUCCAACGUUCCGAUCGAUGCUGAUGAGGAUAUCAUUCGCCGCUUCACCCACAUUCUCGCCCUGCACUGGCAGGUCUGGAGCGAGUUGGUAUACCAGACGGAUGAGCCGUCGUCUCCCGUCCCUGAAAAAGAGGACGACAGUAGUUCCGAGCACGGCAGUGAUAGCACAAUGGUGCAGUCAGCCGCGUCUUCCCCGACCAUACCUGUGGCACAUGCCGUAUAUGCUCCUGGUAAGAAGUGGCUGCCCGUUAGUGUCACAGUUACAGAUGUCCCGAGUGGCUUGCCCACCACACAGACGGCCGGGCCAGACGCAACAGGAGGCCAGAGUCCGACGCACGGUGACACUGAUGCGCAGCAAAGUGACGACGCGCCGGACGCAUCACAACAGCAAAGGCAACCCGCCUGAGCGAGCAAACAGCACCGAACAUUUACUCGUCCUAUGCUGCACACCUCGCACAAUGCAGCCGUAAGAUUUACCAAAGCAUGCUGCCACACGGCCCAUUGCCUAAUUCCACACGUUGGACCGACGUGUAUUUCCUUUAGUCCAUUUGUAUAUACCUUGAGCGUUUUCUGAUUUCGUGGGAGCGAAGACUGAUUAUUUUGGUCACUGGUACUGGAGAUUACUGCAUAGAUUGCAAUAGCAUUGGAGGUUAGCGAAGGCGUCUGGAGUUUUGACCACAUAUGCAGCUACCCUGCGGAUAAUUGGAAUGCAUUCGCUUGGAUUUUGGAUCUUGUCGGUAUAUGGGUACGGGCUUUUAAUCAUGGCUCAGGUGGCUUCUUCUACCACUUUUGGGAUACCCGGAUAUGCAUGCAGAAGGCUGCACAUUCUUAACACUUGCAUUUUAGCAAGGAAGAUAUGUAGUGAAAUGGAAUAUUUGCC